AUGGAAGAAUCUGAAUUCAACUUUCUUGGUGAUGAAGUGUGGUGGACAAAGUUAUCCUUUUUAACUGAUUUGUUUGAGCAUCUCAAUAAACUAAAUUCAAGUAUACAAGGUCGCAAUGAAAAUAUGUUAACAUCUUCAGAUAAAAUAAUGGCUUUCAUCGAAAAAUUGAAUUUAUGGAAAACUAAAGUUAAUCAAGACCCUUUCAAAGUGUCUAUUAGUUACUUGGUUGAUUUCAAACUUGCUGAAGACGAAAAUCUCUGUUUAAUUAAAAAUAAUCGAACAAUGCAGUUGAAAUUCAAAGAGAUCACACUCAAUAAAUUCUGGAUAUAUGUUUCUGAAGAAUAUCCAGAAAUAUCUAUAAAAGCAUUGACGAUUCUUUUGCCGUUCUAA